UAUCAAAAUCAAGGAAUUUAAUACUAAUGGCGCAUGUAACUGUGGUUCUGUUUCAUGCCUCCUGACUGUUAGAGGUGUUAGGAAGUGGAUGUUAGUUACAUGCAUAGUGCCACUCUACCUCUUUUCAUCUCUCAUCGUAUUAUAUUUCUAAACUUAUUCUUUCCGUAGUGAUGAAGUUUACAAAGUUUUAGCCUAGCCAAAAAAAGGUGCCACCUGGAUUUAACUAAAUAAAUGAUCUAGGGUUGCUGCAGUUGGUCAGGUUUAGGUUUAGGUUAUGCGCGAGGUCAGCUGACUACCUGAAUGUACUAAAUAUUUUCUUGCCUGAUGGCAUGGGCAUAUUACAAGAUCACAAUGCUAGGAUUUAUUGGGCUCAAAGUGGUUCAGGGAGCAUGAGACAUCAUUUUUUACACAUGGGUUGUUCAACACAGAGUCCAGACCUUAACCCCAUUGCAUGCAGUCCAUUGAGAGGGCUGUGUCUUGGUUGUACCCCAUGUUUCUGGACCGUGGACUGCUGUAUGCUACACAACAGUGCACAGAGACUUUACCUGCAACUGUGCAGGCGCAAAUAAAGUUCUUUGAUGACGUGCUGUCUACAGCGGCUACAGACUAACUAUUCACUGAAGCUCUUAGCUUGUAGAUGGCUCAGGCUGGUACAAGUGGAUCUGACUUGGUUUUUCAAUAGAUUUUUAUAUGAAACAUCCAUAAUCUAAGUAUUGACAUACAAGUUAGUUCAGCUUGCAGUUGUGCAUCAGUGCUUAUUAGCCCAAGUCCAUAAUUUGCUGGGGCGAACCGUUCUCUGAUUUGGUUCGCACAUCACUGUCUGAUCCCCCCCCCCCAAGUGCACUCUCAGUAUGAUAGUGGAGGAGCCAUGGGGCUCCGAAGUUCUUCACUGUACCCAGCUGUGCUCAGAGCACUACUAUUGUUUCUUCCCAUGGGAGGCUUUCCUAUCAGAGCAAAGUUAUCUGUUUGCUACAGAUUGCUUGCUGUGGGAUGUUACCAGUUGAAUAUCUGAGCACUUUCCAGUCAUCAAGCAGAAUAUAAUCAGUUAUUUAUGUACAGUGUGGGGAAAGGUACUUGCCCCUUCAUAAUUUCUUAUUUUUUGCAUGUUUGUCAAAGGCAACGCAAGAAAACACAAAAGGCAGUUUUUAAAUGAAGGUUUUUAUCAUUAAGGGAGAAAAAACCAAAUCAACAUGGCCCUGUGUCUGGUUGGGCCACACUUAGCAGCAACAACUGCAAUUAGGCGUUUGCAGUAACUUGAGUCUUUUAUAUAUCUGAAAAAAAAAUUUAAUUGAUCUCUUCUUUGCAGAAUUGUUGUAAUCUUGCCACAUAGGAGGGUUUAAAUGAUGAACCACCUUUUUAAGGUCAUACCACAACAUGUUAAUAUAAUUCAGAUCAGGAUUUUGGUGUGGGGCCAUUUGUGACCUCUUGGAUAAGUUGUCAUUGCACACUUGGGGUAAUUUUGGUCAGCCUGCCACUCCUGGGAAGGUUUACCACUGUUCCAUGUUAUUGCCAUUUGUGGAUAUUGGCUCUUACUGUGGUUCGCUGUAGUCCCAAAACUAUAGAAAUGAGUUUUCCAGACUGAUAGAUCUCAAUUUGUCAUGCCUGACUGUAAGCAGUCUGGACGGGCCUGACAGCAUCUACCUCUACCACAAACUGCUUCUUGGGGUCAGGGUGCCUGCUUAAGGGUCUGGAAAGCCUGACCGGGCGGGUCCAAACCUGUAAAAGUUGGCAAACCUUAGGAAGCUCUGGACUACCUUCACCGAGGUAGAUAUAGGACAGUCCAGGACAGUCCGCACUUUCUUCUGAUCAUCACUCCCCUGCAUUAAUAAGAUACCCCAGGAAGGAUACUUGGGACAGGUGGAACGCACAUUUCUCCAAUUUAACAUGGAGCUCGUUCUCAGGCAGACGGCCUAGCACUCGGGGGACAUGGCCUACAUGGGACUGGAAAUCUGGGGAAUAGAUUGGAAUGUCAAUAAUAAUCAAGUUCUGGAAUUCGGAAGGGGCAUUAGCUAAACCAUAGGGCAUAACCCGGUACUGGUAAUGGCCAGAGGUGAUGAGGAAGGCAGUCUUCCACUCAUCUCCCUCUUUUAUCCUAAGAAAGUUAUAGGCACUUUGGAGAUCUGCUCUAAAGCCGAUGGGACCAGAGGCAAGGGAUAAGGAAAGUGCUUAGUAAUAGCAUUAAGGGCCCGGUAGUCAAUACAGGGGCAGAGCCAAGCAACCUGUUUCUUGAUAAAGAAAAAACGGAGGCUACUGAGGACCUGGAUGGCUCUGUGAAACACUGAGCAAGGGCCUCUGUGAUGUAUUCCUCCAUGGCACUCUCCUGCUCACCAGUCAAGGGAUAAACACAAGCCUUAGGAAGUGCUGAAUUGUCAACAAGGUCAAUGUAGCAGUCAUAAGUAUGGUGAGGAGGAAGUUUGGUAGCCAUUAGUAGUGUCCAGGAGGUUGGGCACGGGCUCCUAAUGGACGCAGUCCACAAUCACGCCUUGCAUGAUUAGAACCCCCACAAUACAAACAGAAUCCCUCUCUGAAACGGCGCUGGUGCUCCUCAGGUGACAAUCGAAGGGACCCCAGCUCCAUAGGCUCCUAAGUAAGUGGUGUAGACAUGGUGCGGGAAUGCAGGGUGCUUGACCUGUUACCAGUGGCAUUACCAGGGGUUGCUACAGCGUUACAUGCCUGUAUUGGAUUUGGAGCCGCCGGGCGGCUUUUAUUUCCCUAAUACAUAAAAUUAUAAUUUAAAAAGUGCUUUUUAUAUUUACUCAGAUUAUAUUUUUCUGAUAUUAAAGUUUGUUUGACAUUCAGAAAAAAUAUCAUUUUCAAAAAAAGGCAAAAACAAAAGAAAUAUGUAGGGGGACAAAUAUUUUUGCACACCACUCUCAUAACUUGGGCCUGGUACUUAGAUGUGGUUUCCUGGUCUGUCAAAUGUGGUGACAAGGCAAGGCUAGCUUGCUAUCUCUAACUUGCUUGUUUACUAUUUGCAGCAUGUGCAUGUUUGUGUUCAUAUUUUCGUCCCUCAUUCUGGCAGCUGGUAUGCCCUCAGGGUCAAUCCCCAUGUCGGAACUUGGGGCGGUAGUGAGCCACGGAUUCAGAAAACACUGCAAUAACCAGUCAGGCAAGCUAAGUGUCAGUGUCAAUGGGAGAAAAGGAAAAAGGACGAGUUGGGGCAGUGCCACAUGUAACUUUAUAGGUAUUCAGGUCUUGACUAAACAAUGUAACAGGACUGCAUCCCCCAACCAGUCGCUCUGGGGUCAGGAGGCAUAAAAUAAAGAAGCACUUCAUAUUUUCCAUGCUCUUUUUUGUUCUUGCUGCUUAACUAAUUUUAGUUCUCUAAAUAUUUGUUUGUAGAUAUCAGUUUGGAGUCUGUUUUAGAACAACUAGGACUUCAGCACUGCUUGGAAAAGAAAUUAACCCUAAAUUCUGUGUUGGAAAUUCAGAAAGACAUGCCAGAAGACCAAACUGCUCAAAAUCUAAAAUCACUACCACUCAGUUUUCUUAAAAAAAUAAUGUUGGCCAAUACAACAGCAAGAAGCACUGAAAGGAAAACAACCCCUGAACACACAAUUAAUUUCAGAGAUAAAGACCUGGAGGAACUCAAUCCACUGGAUCUGAUCACAGCUGUGUUCCUUUGCUCAGAUCCUUUCCUCCAACAGGAAUUGUCUUUGAAAAUGUCAUUGUGCCAAUUUGCCAUUCCCUUUCUUUUGCCAAACUCUGACACUCAGCAGUGCACACUAAUGAUGUGGGCCAUGAGGGACAUUGUAAAAAAAUGCAGACCUCACUGUUCCAGAGAUAGAUUUGAAGAAAACAGCAUUGUCUUGGCCAACAUGCCAAUGGUUUCUUUUGCUAGACUCGGAAAAUGUAGCUUAUCCAAGUCUGGCUUUCUGAAUAAACUUCUCAGCAAAACACAGCAGCACCAUGACACAUUUGUUUACAAGGAAAUGGUCAGUGGAAAUAUCCAAAGGAAAAUCUCAAAUGGUCUUGUUGAAAUUAGCUGGUAUCUCCCCAGCGGGAAGAAAAAUGACAUCUUCAAGGAGCCGUUAGCAGUAACUAAUCUCCGUGGGGAUAUUUUCUCCUUUGAGACUCAGUUCUCCUUCCUUUGUGAAACAUCAACUGCAGUGUUUCUUUUCUGUGAUGACCUGGAUGCACACCAAGAAUUUCUGAGUUCUUUACAAUUCAAGGCAAGACUUGUUCUGGUCUGCCCCUCCAGCACAAAGGACCUGCAAAGUGCUCUAGUGUUGAAGCCUAACACCUUGCUACUCGUGAAAUGCAAAAAUGAGAAUGAUGCUGUAUUCGUAAUUAAAUUACAUGAAACUGUUGCUAAGGUAGUUAAGGAUUCCCAAAAAUUGUGCAUUGAAAAAAUGUCAGCAAUCGCAACAGAUCUUGGUAUUGAAGUGGAUGAAAACAAUGCUACUUGUCAAAAUGCUAAGAAAAAGGCUGAUUCGAUUACAGAAGGCAUUACAGACAUAUCAAAGUAUAAAAACCUUGAAUUGCCAUUACAAGGGGAGCUCUGGAAAGAACUCUCAAAUUUAGAAAAAGAAGAAUGCAGAUUAAAACAUGCAGGGGAAAAGAAUAUUGAGCAUUACAAGACUAAAGUUCAAGAAAAAAUUCAGGAGCUUAGAAAGCAACAGAGUAUGAAUGGAAUUACUCGAAGUAUAUUACUUUUUAAUUCCAGCUUAAAUGGUUCUCAAGAAGAGAGGUCCUAUUUUCUUAAAUGGAUGAAGAUCAACUUGGACAAUUUGACAAGAAAGAAUUUGACACAGAUUGAGGAGAUUUACAAGGCAGAGUGUCAGAAUUCCGCAAAGGAUGAACAACGGAUUACAGAAUUAGAAAAUCAGAUUGCUAACAGUGGCUUAGGAAUUGAACAUUACUUCAGGGAGAUAGGUCAGCUUUACGAGUCAUCCCCUUACCAAAAUCAUCUGAAAAAUCUCCCAAAAAUAUGUGCCGAGUUAAUGCUGAAUGGGUUUCCACUGGAACUUGUGGAUGGGGAUGCAUCAAACAUUCCAAUGAAUUGGGUGGGAGAUGUAAUUAAAGAGCUGAACCAGUUGACAAAGCCUAAUAACACAAUUCGUGUAGUCACAGUAUUAGGUGUGCAAAGCACGGGGAAGUCGACUCUUCUUAACACCAUGUUUGGAGUUCAGUUCGCAGUUAGCAGUGGAAGAUGUACAAGAGGUGCCUUCAUGCUUCUCAUAAAGGUAGCUGAAGAAUACAGGAAAGAAUUAAAGUGUGACUUCAUCAUGAUCAUUGACACAGAGGGACUGAAGGCACCUGCACUGGCAAAACUGCCUAACAGCUAUGAACAUGAUAAUGAAUUAGCAACACUAGUUGUAGGGCUGAGUGAUUUUACAGUUGUCAACAUUGCUAUGGAAAAUGCUGCAGAUAUGAAGGAUACCCUUCAGAUUGUUGUGCAUGCAUUCUUGCGCAUGAAGGAAGUUGGCAAGAAACCAUGCUGUCAUUUUGUGCAUCAGAAUGUGGGUGAUGUCGAUGCUCAUGACAAGACAUUGAGAGACAGAAAGAUUUUUCUUGAGCAAUUGAAUGAGGCGACACAACAUGCAGCAAAAAUGGAAAACAAGGGAAACAACAAGAGGUUUUCAGACAUUUUAGACUAUCAACCAGAAAAGAACAACUGGUACAUACCUAGUCUGUGGCUUGGUACUCCUCCAAUGGCAGCAGUUAACACAGGUUAUAGUGAUGAGGUAUAUGACCUGAAACAGUCUAUACUGAAACAUUUCAAAUCAGUGAAAGGUCAAGCUCAUGAUUUUGUGGAAUUUGAAAAAUGGGCAGAAAGUUUAUGGAAAGCUGUCAAAUAUGAGAAUUUCAUUUUCAGUUUUCGUAACAGCCUUGUUGCUGAAGCAUAUUCUAAACUUUGUACAGAGUUCCACACGUGGGAAUGGGCCUUCAAAAAAGAAGUGAACGCAUGGUUCAUAAGCUCUGAAACUAAGAUCUCUAACAUGUCUAAUGGAACCACAUUGCUGGAAUCAGCAGAAUCAGUUAACAUUGAUGAUUUGUUGAUGAGUUUAAAGUAUGAGGCAGCAGAGAAGGUAACUACAGAAGGAGAAACCCUUGAAGAAAAAAUAAAGCAAUACUUUGAGAGAGAAGAUAAUCAUGUCCAUCUAGUGGAAAAGUACAAAGAGGACUUUUUGGUUAGUGCAUUGAGUCUAAAAAGAGAGACUGAGAUGCAAAUGAAGAGAAAACUGGAGAGUGCAGUGGAGAUUCAAAAGAGUAAAGCAAAGUUGGAAGACGUAAGGCAAAAACAAAGAAAUAUCAUGAAACAACGAGUGUUAGAUUUGAUUAAUGUUUGCAAAAAGAAAACACACAAACUGUCUGAAAGAGAACUGGAGGAGGAUUUUCAGGAAGUAUGGGAUAAAGCUGUACAAGAGUGCUCUUUUAAUUCCAUGCCAAAGCAAGAUGUGGCGAGUGAAAUCUUGAGCUUAUUACGAAGCAACCUUCAAAGGAAGGGUGGGGCAGUGCGUGAGAUGUUAUCCAGCAUCACGUGUUUGGAAGAGUACGGAACAGGGCCGUUUGUAACAAAGCGUGGAAAAGAUAAUCUUCUCUUCAGGUUACUUGAAAAUCAUCAUCGUUAUGAGACUACAAUGAGAAUUCAGGACAUGUCCAAAAUGAUCAUCAAUAGCAGUAAGCAAUUUAUCGAGCUCAAAACAAGUGUGCAAUCAGACUACAACACUUUUGAUGUCCAGGAUUUGCUGUGUCACAUUGAUGAGAGGUUAAAACAAGAAAGCCAGCUGGAUAUCAGCCCGGAACAUGAAGCAUCUCUUAAAAUCUACAUUUGUGCACAUGCUGCACGGGAGUUCCAGCGAAUGCAUGAUGCUUUUAUAGAGAAAAAUGACCCCCGGAAGACACUUGAGAAAUUCAAAUCUCAGUGGUUAGCAGAUUUUAAGGACUUCUAUUAUCAAAGAGACCAAUGCAACACCAAAGCCGAUGUGUUUGCUGAAAAAUGUCUUUUACCAGCUGUAACCGAGUACAUCCAGAAAUCUCUUGGCCCUGACAUUGUAGAUGAAAUGCUGACAAGCAGAACAGGAAUUGAUUUUAGCACCCGAUCAUUUUUUCAGUUUUCAUUUUUGAAGGAACUGCUUCUAGGCCAGGACUUUUCAAAGAUGUUUCAGUACAUUGAGUCAUAUGAGGAAUCUGUCACUCUGUGGAUAUUAGAGCAGAUCAUUAAGCAUUUCUCAAGAGAAGACAGGCUUGUAAAAUUAGAAACCCAGCACUUGAAAAGUGUCAUUGCAAAAAUCAAGAAAGCUCUUGUCAAUGCUCAGACGAAAUUGGAGAAUGCUUGUGGGAGUAGUCAGGAAAACCUCAGGAAGUUUGUGACACAUUUCUGUACUGACCUCAGGAAGGAGCUUGUUCUGUCCGCUGACAGCCUCGAUUCAGCCCUCUUUUUAAACUAUUCUAGUCCUAACGAGUUUGCAGAGUGUCUUAAAUCAUCAGUAGAGAAAAUGCAAGCAAACCUAACAAUGCAAUUACACAGAGACAAUAAUGUGAGGGUAAAACUGGGCAGAAUGCCAAUGAUGAUGCCCCAAAAAGAGCUCUUUAGCAGAGUGUUUGGCUGUGGGAAGAGAUGUCCAUUCUGCAGAGCGCCCUGUGAAGCUGGAGGAAAAAAACACACUGAGCACUUUGCAUCUGUUCAUCGACCCCAAGGUCUUGGAAACUUUACAUGGGUUUCCACUAAAAAACUGAUUCCUGACAUAUGCUCCUCUCUUGUCGCCAGUGAAAAGUCAUUCCGUUGUAAAGAUACAGGAAAUAAGUGGCAUCCAUACAGUGACUACAGGAGGUUUUAUCCAGAGUGGAGGAUUCAGCCUGACACAAGCAUUGAAGCCUCUGACUUCUGGAAGUACAUCUUUACCAAAUACAACAAAAAGUUUGCUGAUGAAUACAAAGCUUUCCCAGCAGAUAUCCCAGACAACUGGCAUGGUAUCACUUUACAACAGGCGCAAAGUAGCUUGGAAGAUGCGUUUAUGAUGCGAUUUUAGACAAACUAAACUUCCUCCUGUAUUUGAUUAUAUUGAACAGAUUUUUGCAGGACUGACACUAAGCAAAUGUUAUGUGCAGUUUUUCUGUUUUUUGUCCUAGUCUGUUCUGGCCCAAGGUUUAUAUUCACUCAAUCCAGUACAAAAUCCUGCUAUAGUCCACGCC